GUCAUUGCAAUCUCACUUGUUUAGGUUUCCGGUUUUUAGAUAUAAUUUCAUAUAUUCUAGUAUUGGUUAGAAUUUUGCUUGCAGUGACAGGAUAAUCAGAAGUUUGAUCAAAUUUUAGGACUUUGCAAACUCGAGAAAUGGAACCCGUAGCUAUUGCCCGAAUAACUGAUGAGGGGAAAUUUAUUAUUGAUAAUGAUAAACUGGUUGAAAUAUUUGGGCCACUCAAAGAUAAAGAUCUGUCGAUUAUUUCUGUAGCUGGUUCAUACAGAACAGGAAAAUCGUUCAUGCUGAACUUUUUUAUUCGAUAUCUUCAUGAACGCGGGUGGAAAUAUAGCAAUUGGCUCGGAUCUGACGAUAAAAAAUUACAAGAUGGUUUUGAUUGGAAACGAGGUUCAGAUCCUCAUACUAAGGGAAUCAAUGUUUGGCCAGAAGUAUUCGAAGUUCCUUUAGAAAAUGGAAAAAAGAUUUCAGUGAUGAUUGUGGACACUCAAGGUUUGUUCGACAAUGAUAACACACCAGAUAUCAAUGCUAAGAUCAUGUCAAUCAGCACUUUACUUUGCUCGCAUCAGAUUCUGAACAUUCAAAACCGACUCCAGGAAAUAGACCUGGAACAUUUGCAGCUUUCUGUAGAAUACGCGUGCGCUGCUGUUGGCCUUCAGGGAGAAAGAGAUGAAAUAGAUAAACAAAGAACAACUUUCCAGAAAUUUACAUUUCUGAUACGAGACUGGGUUAAUGAUGAUGAAUUCCCAUAUGGGAAUGGAGGAGACAAGUACUUGAAUAAAAUAUUAAAAGCGAAAUCAAAAUCAAAAACCGUAAAUGAUGUGAAAGAGUCAGUGCAUCGCGCUUUUAACGAAGUCAAAGGCUUUCUCAUGCCGCAACCAGGGAAAAGGGUUUGCAAAGGAGAAAGGUCAACUCUUACUAAUGCAGAUAUCAAACCUAUUUUCCGUGAGUACACAAUGCAACUUACUGAAGCCGUUUUGCAUCCAAGAAAUCUGAUUUUGAAACAAAUGUUUGGGAAGCCUAUCUCUGCUAGUGCGUUGAUGAAUCUUCUUGCUGCAGUCAGUAAUUCAUUUACAGAUGGAAAACUUCCAGAAAUUGAAACAAUGCUCAAAAACACCGUUCGAGCCAAUAAUGAUGAAGCUGUUCAAAGAGCUGUACGCAGAUACAAAGAAGUGAUGACAGAGCUUGUUCACGGGGAAAUUGCGGUCACUGAUGUUCUUCGUAAUUUUCACGAUAAUGCAGUUGUCGAAGCCACAAAAUCAUUUAAAGAAAUAUCAACAUUGGGAGAAGAGAGUGAUAGAAAAAAAGCUCGUCAACAUGCAAUAAAGGAAUGUGAAAAUUAUUACAAAAUUGUAGAGCAGGAGAAUGAAACAAGAAAGUCCAAGGUAAUAGAAGAAAUCAACAACUUAUCAUUAGCCAUGGAAACCCAAUACACACAGAAAAUGAGAGAUCAUGAUCUCUCCACACUCUCAAAAGAAGAUCUUGGAAGUAUAAACAAUACAUUAAGUGAUUUAAUAUUGCUGAAGUUUUAUAAGCAAGCGAAAGGUUGCCAACAAGUCAUGCCGAGUGAGGUCGAGAACAAACGGAAAACGUUAGAACAACAUCUAUCUGCUCAUUACGAAAUGUUUGAAAAAGAGAGAUUACACGAGGAAAGAAUAAAAGAAUUGGUCCAGCAAAUGGAUAAACUGGGAAUCAAUCAAAAAGCGAAUGAAGUUUUGUCCAAGUUUCAAAAAGCGUUUUCCCAGUAUGAAGACGAAUACUGCAUGGACAUUGAAAGUCUUCGAAAGACCGAGUACAAAAAAUGCUUGGAACAGUUUGAUGCAGAAAUAGCGAAAUAUGAUGAUUAUGCUACAGUGAAAAAUACUCGUGAAAAAUUGUCUACAAACAUGGAACAGUACUUUACGGAAAAUGUAAAGCGUGUGAAUGAAAACAACAAGAGAGAUUUAGGAUUGAAAUAUGAACAACACGUUGAAAAUGCAGUGAAUGAAUACGAUCGGCUGAUGAAACAGAUUACUUCAGAUGGUAAAUGGGAGAAAAAUAUUGAUUUCAUUCAAAAACAUGACGAAUACAGAAAAAAAGCUGCGGAAGACUUCAAUAGAUUAAUUGCAAAUAUAAGUCCAAGUCUUCCACACGAGGAUGUGCAAGAGUACAGACAAAAAUUGGAUAAUAAAAUGGAAGAGAGAUUCAAUAGCAUUCACAAGCAAAGCAAUGACAAUAACAUACAUUUACAAGAAGUGAAGGAGCAAAUGGAUAAACUGGGAAUUAAUCAAGAAGCGAGUAAAGUUUUGACCAAGUUUCAAGAAGCGUUUUCUCAGUAUGGAGACGAAUACUGCAUGGACAUUGAAAGUCUUCGAAAGACCGAGUACGAAAAAUGCUUGGAAGAGUAUGAUACAGAAAUAGCGAAAUAUGAUGAUUAUGCUACAGUGAAAAAUACUCGUGAAAAAUUGUCUACAAACAUGGAACAGUACUUUACAGAAAAUGUAAAGCGUGUGAAUGAAAACAACAAGAGAGAUUUAGGAUUGAAAUAUGAACAACACGUUGAAAAUGCAGUGGAUGAAUAUGAUCAAAUGAUGAGACAGAUUACUUUAGAUGGUAAAUGGGAGAAAAAUAUUGAUUUCAUUCAAAAACAUGACGGAUACAGAAAAAAAGCUGCGGAAGACUUCAAUAGAUUAAUUGCAAAUAUAAGUCCAAGUCUUCCACACGAGGAUGUGCAAGAGUACAGACAAAAAUUGGAUAAUAAAAUGGAAGAGAGAUUCAAUAGCAUUCACAAGCAAAGCAAUGACAAUAACAUACAUUUACAAGAAGUGAAGGAGCAAAUGGAUAAACUGGGAAUUAAUCAAGAAGCGAGUAAAGUUUUGACCAAGUUUCAAGAAGCGUUUUCUCAGUAUGGAGACGAAUACUGCAUGGACAUUGAAAGGCUUCGAAAGACCGAGUACGAAAAAUGCUUGGAAGAGUAUGAUACAGAAAUAGCGAAAUAUGAUGAUUAUGCUACAGUGAAAAAUACUCGUGAAAAAUUGUCUACAAACAUGGAACAGUACUUUACAGAAAAUGUAAAGCGUGUGAAUGAAAACAACAAGAGAGAUUUAGGAUUGAAAUAUGAACAACACGUUGGAAAUGCAGUGGAUGAAUAUGAUCAAAUGAUGAGACAGAUUACUUCAGAUGGUAAAUGGGAGAAAAAUAUUGAUUUCAUUCAAAAACAUAACGAAUACAAAGAAAAAGCUGCGGAAGACUUCAAUAGAUUAAUUGCGAAUAUAAGUCCUAGUCUGCCACACGAGGAUGUGCAAGAGUACAGACAAAAAUUGGAUAAUAAAAUGGAAGAGAGAUUCAAUAGCAUUCACAAGCAGAGCAAUGACAAUAACAUACAUUUACAAGAAAUGAAGAAGCAAAUGGAUAAACUGGGAAUUAAUCAAGAAGCGAGUCAAGUUAUGACCAAGUUUCAAGAAGCGUUUUCUCAGUAUGGAGACGAAUACUGCAUGGACAUUGAAAGUCUUCGAAAGACCGAGUACGAAAAAUGCUUGAAAGAGUAUGAUACAGAAAUAGCGAAAUAUGAUGAUUAUGCUACAGUGAAAAAUACUCGUGAAAAAUUGUCUACAAACAUGGAACAGUACUUUACAGAAAAUGUAAAGCGUGUGAAUGAAAACAACAAGAGAGAUUUAGGAUUGAAAUAUGAACAACACGUUGAAAAUGCAGUGAAUGAAUAUGAUCAACUGAUGAGACAGAUCACUGCAGAUGAUCAAUGGGAGAAAAAUAAUGAUUUCAUUCAGAAACAUGACGAAUACAGAGAAAAAGCUGCAAAAGACUUCAAUGAAUUAAUUGCGAAUAUAAAUCCAAGUCUUCCAUCUGAGGAUGUGCAAGAGUACAGACAAAAAUUAGACGAUAAAAUUAAAAAGAGAUUCAACAGCAUUUACAAGCAGAGCAAUGACCAUAACAUACAUUUGCAAGAAAUGAGGGAGACAAUGAAAUCUGGUCAAUUUGUUCAGGAAGCAUCAGAUAUUUAUGAAACGGAAAUGAACAAGCUUUUAAUCAAUGGUGCAAGCUGCGAUAAUCUACAAGCAGAAAACUCAAAAUUUCAAAAGAUGGCUGAAGACAAAUUCAAGGAGCUUUGUUCAAGCAUAAAUUGUGACACUGCAAAAGAUCUCGAAAAACUAGUAUCAUUGAUGGAUAAUAGAUUUGAAAUAUUCAAGACAAUAAAUAAAAACAACGAGGAUGCAGAUUUCGAAAAAAAGAAACGCAGGGAAACAAAGAAAGUAGUAAAAGAUUAUUGCGACAGCAUGGAAAUGCAUAUAUCUCAAUACUCUUCUCCUCCGAGCGACACAAAUCUCAUGGAAAAGCACACAGCGCUCAAAGAGAAUGCUUUUAUAAGCUUUGAAAGAGCUUUAGGCAGCGACAAUAUCACCAAGGAUAAUAAAGAGGAAUUUGGACAAGAAAUAGAGGAUAGGUUUUCAGUAUUCAAGAGUAAGAACAAGACUGAACAAGCUAGAGUAAAACUCGAGAAACAAGAGCAUGAGACGAACAAAUCUCAAGUUAAAACAGCGAGAAGCGAAGCAUACAAUCUUUUUGUGAACAAAAUGCGAAAUCAUACUCAAAGAUAUGAUUCUACAAUUCAAAACUUGUGUAAUCAGCAAAAAAUAACAGCAAUGGAAAUGUUUGAUCGAAAGACAAACCUAUUGAAGUCGAAAAUGUCAGCAAUUGUGCAGCAAGAACGAAACAAUCUGAGCAACGAGAUUGAAGAUAAUAUCAAAAUUGUGAAUGAAGAAAAUAAAGUACGUCGUAAUUUUCUGGUACUGGUAGUACUUGUAUUUGCUUUGGGACUUAGAAAUGUGUUUGAGGUAUUUAAUUUUUGUUUUGGUUAAAUGUUGGUCAUUUUUAAAGAUGUUGCAAACUGUAUGUAUGUUAUUUUUAUUUAAUUGGAAUAUUAAUAAUUUAAUAGUUGUUGGCCUUGUUUAAGCACUGUUUAUUUAACAAUUCUAUAACGUAGAGUAAUAAAACAUAUUAACAGAAGUUUGACUUUUCUUGUACAGUUUUUAUGCUAGUUUAAAAGUGAAAUAUAAACAUAUAUCAGGAAAUACAGACAAUAGC